AUGAUGUUCGAAUAUCUUGAACAGUAUAGCAACCUCUCUUCCUCGUCGCCCAGAUCAGACGUUGCCGAUAUCUUGGACUCUAUCAUCAAAGCGCCUCCCUUUUCUUUCACCCAGUCGACGCGCAAUGAUCUCAUUCGCGCCAUUUUACAAGACCUAUCAGUUCCGGGUAUGAAAUCCAGACUGGCCUUAAAAGAUGCUGCGCAGGCUCUUUUGGCUGUCAAGACUCUUGGGAAAGAACCCUCAGGUUCCGACUUCUUAUCUUCACCAGCUAAUUUGUCUACACUACUCUCGCUGGCGGCCACCUUCAAAGAUGACCCAGAGGCAUCGAGCGAAGCUUUACGGUGUAUAGCCAAUGCACUUCUCUUGAUCGAACGGGCUCGUUCUACAUUCAUCGAAAAGGCCGUGAGCGGAGGACAAAUAUGUCUUGGAAUGCUUGAGAAAGCAAAUGGUCCUGAUCGGAUUUUUAUUCUAUCUCGCAUUCUAUUCUUGUGUACGGCCUCUAGGACGUCCUAUAUCAAGAGCAUUGUUGAGGAAAAGCACCACGGCCGAACAGUGGUUGAAAUUAUUGCGGCGAAGUUGGACUCCCUGACCGUUGCCAUUCAAAGCGGAACUAAAAUGGCAAGAGAGGCUAUGUCUGAUCUUCUCAAAUUGACUUUCAACCUGUUAUUAUACUACCCCAAGCUAUCAGAGUCGGAGCCGCAAAAUUCCGAUACCCCCAAUGACGGUGAGAACAUUAUGGGCGAUUUUUGGAAUCCAAAACUUGACGGGCUUCUUCCUCCACUUCUGCGAGUCUUCAGCUCCUUGCCGCCAACGUUUCCAUCCCCGCUCACAGCUCCUCUAACGCACGUAAUUCAUUCCCUAAUCACGAUACCCAUUACACCGGCACUCCGCCCUGUCUGGUUUGCCGUCCCUGCAACGCAAUCGUCGCGUGAUACCCUCGUUACUACUCCCAAAGCCUCUUCGACUUCUCAGCGCACGGAAUCAUCCACCCCAAGCAGCCGCAGCGAUUCGCCCACUCGAUAUAGCCCAACGGCGCCGAAGCUUAGCACCCUUGAUCGAGCGCUCUCCGUCCUAGCCGUCGGACGCAAGUCUCUUUCACGAUCUCCAUCGCCCAACUUAUCCGCCACAGCGGAUAUCGUUCAGCGAACCUUUGAUCUUCUCGAAGUUUCUUUCUCCCACUACUUCCCAGGUGAUAUCGACGGUGACGACGUUUCCGUCAGGGAGCGUUGCAAGGAGGAGUCUAUGGAUUCUUUGGAUGACAUUCUUUCACCUCUAAUAGUACUCGUUACCAGGCUUUGCCUAGCCGACGAAACCUGUCGGGUUCGGGUCCGACAAUGGAUAGUUCCUGAUGAUCUCGACCGCUCUUCAGCAUUAGAGUCGAGGCCGGAUUUGUUGGGAAGAUGUUUAAGGUUACUUAGCUCUGUAUAUCAUCCUAGAUUAAAAGACUCUGUCGGAGAGAUGUUGUUUGCCGUGUCUGAUUCUAAUGCCACUACACUUUCUGCCCUCUUUGGAUAUGGAAACGUUGCUGGCUUCCUAUUUCAUAAAGGCGUAAUGAGCGCCCCAGCACAAGAUCCCGGGUCUUCAAAUGCCAGUCUUACUACGUCGUCUGGCACUGCCAUCGAUCCUAUUACGGGCAAAACUGUCGAACUCACGCCAAGUCUUUCUGAUAUGACAGACGAUGAGAAGAUGCACGAAAUGGAGAAACUCUUUGUUUUGUUCGACAGGCUUGAAAAGAGUGGUGCCUUGGCUCCGGCAAACAAUCCUGUUCGAAAGGCUAUGGAAAGGGCUCCGUAA